AAUCCUGGUCGCUAGGAUACCACCUACUUCCGUUUCCUUCCCGCUCUUCAAGGCGUCUGCAAGUCUAAUCUCGUCCAUUCUACCAAUGGCAAAUGGACAGUGGGCGGGACUUCAUUUGUCCAGACCAACGAAACGUAGACUUGGCCCGACGUAGCACGGCUAAUGACCGUAGGGCAGCCCCUGUAAAGUGGCUCGGGCGUCCCCACGCCCAUCUUUCCUCUUCCUCUCAGCCCCGCCCCUUUCCAUCCCGGUUUCAGCACGGCGCUGGCCGCAGUCUGACAGGAACGGGAUAGAGCCAAGAUGGCGGCGGCCGACGGCGACGACUCGCUUUACCCCAUCGCGGUGCUCAUAGACGAGCUCCGUAACGAGGAUGUUCAGCUUCGCCUCAACAGCAUCAAGAAGCUGUCCACCAUCGCCCUGGCCCUCGGUGUCGAAAGGACCCGCAGUGAGCUUCUGCCUUUCCUUACAGACACUAUCUACGAUGAGGAUGAGGUCCUCUUGGCCCUGGCAGAACAGCUGGGAACCUUCACCACUCUGGUGGGAGGCCCAGAGUACGUGCACUGCCUGCUGCCACCCCUGGAGUCGCUGGCCACCGUGGAGGAGACAGUGGUGCGGGACAAGGCAGUGGAGUCCUUGCGGGCCAUCUCACACGAGCAUUCACCAUCGGACCUGGAGGCCCACUUUGUGCCACUGGUGAAGCGGCUGGCGGGUGGCGACUGGUUCACCUCCCGCACCUCGGCCUGUGGCCUCUUCUCCGUCUGCUACCCCCGAGUGUCCAGUGCUGUCAAGGCAGAACUUCGACAGUACUUCCGGAACCUGUGCUCAGACGACACCCCCAUGGUGCGGCGGGCCGCAGCCUCCAAGCUGGGGGAGUUCGCCAAGGUGCUGGAGCUGGACAAUGUCAAGAGCGAGAUCAUCCCGAUGUUCUCCAACCUGGCCUCUGAUGAGCAGGACUCGGUGCGGCUGCUGGCAGUGGAGGCAUGUGUGAACAUUGCCCAGCUCCUGCCCCAGGAGGACUUGGAGGCCCUGGUGAUGCCCACCCUGCGCCAGGCUGCUGAGGACAAGUCCUGGCGCGUCCGAUACAUGGUGGCUGACAAGUUCACAGAGCUCCAGAAAGCAGUGGGGCCUGAGAUCACCAAGACGGACCUGGUCCCCGCCUUCCAGAACCUAAUGAAGGACUGUGAGGCCGAGGUGAGGGCCGCCGCCUCCCACAAGGUCAAAGAGUUCUGCGAAAAUCUCUCUGCCGACUGCCAGGAGAACGUGAUUAUGACCCAGAUCCUGCCCUGUAUCAAGGAGCUGGUGUCAGACGCCAACCAACAUGUCAAGUCGGCCCUGGCCUCGGUUAUCAUGGGCCUCUCUCCCAUCCUGGGCAAAGACAACACAAUUGAGCACCUCCUGCCCCUCUUCCUGGCGCAGCUGAAGGAUGAGUGCCCCGAAGUGCGGCUGAACAUCAUCUCCAACCUGGACUGUGUGAACGAGGUGAUUGGCAUCCGGCAACUGUCCCAGUCCUUGCUCCCCGCCAUCGUGGAGCUGGCCGAGGACGCCAAGUGGCGGGUGCGGCUGGCCAUCAUUGAGUACAUGCCCCUGCUGGCUGGACAGCUGGGGGUGGAGUUCUUUGAUGAGAAGCUCAACUCCUUGUGCAUGGCCUGGCUGGUGGAUCAUGUCUAUGCCAUCCGUGAGGCGGCCACCAGCAACCUGAAGAAGCUGGUGGAGAAGUUUGGGAAGGAAUGGGCCCAUGCCACCAUCAUCCCCAAGGUCCUGGCCAUGUCUGGGGACCCCAACUACCUGCACCGUAUGACUACGCUCUUCUGCAUCAACGUGCUGUCUGAGGUUUGUGGGCAGGACAUCACCACCAAGCACAUGCUGCCCACCGUCCUGCGAAUGGCUGGGGACCCUGUCGCCAAUGUCCGCUUCAACGUGGCUAAGUCCCUCCAGAAGAUAGGGCCCAUCCUGGACAACAGCACACUGCAGAGUGAGGUCAAGCCCAUCUUGGAGAAGCUGACCCAGGACCAGGAUGUAGACGUCAAGUACUUUGCCCAGGAGGCUCUGACUGUUCUGUCUCUGGCCUGAAGCUGGAUGAGGAGCCAACACCGGCCUCUGGUGUCCACCUCCCCCCAUGCCCCUCCCUCGGGGAGGCAGUUGGGGGCCUUUGGCUGUCACUCCCCGUGCAUGGUCUGACCCCAGGCCCCUUCCCCUAGCACGGCUCGCCCUCUCCCCAGCCCGGGACUUCUCACUGUCCACCUCCCAGGGUGCUGGGUGAGCAGGAGGUGGGACAGGGCCAUAACCCUGGAGGCAAGGGCCCAGUCCAGCCGGGAAGAGACAUGAGCAUCCCAGGUCACUGGCUCCUGCUGCUGUAUCGAGGACCCCCUUCCUCAUCAACUUCACCACCCUCUCUCCCUUCCUCCCCCUCGGUGGUUUUUUUUGUGUGUGUCAACUGUGUCGUUUUAUUUUAUUCCUUUUUUUUCCCCUCCUUUUCACAGAGAAAUAAAGGUCUAGAAAUAGCUGGU